AUGUCGGCAAUCAAGAAGCGCAAGGUGUCAGGCGAAAAACCUGCACCUUCAACCCGUGAUGACAAUGACGCCAGCUCUGUGAGCUCCGAGUCCGGCGACGAGACCACAAAUUCGGAGGCGCCCAAUGCCGAUGAGAAGACUUCGAGCGCUCCACAGACGUUCAAAGAGCUCGGUGUGAUCGACUCGAUCUGUGAGGCAUGUGAGAGUCUCGGUUACAAGAAGCCCACGGCGAUUCAGGCUGAGGCUAUUCCCCUGGCUCUACAAAAUCGCGACCUCAUUGGUCUUGCGGAAACAGGUUCGGGAAAGACAGCAGCUUUCGCGAUCCCGAUUCUGCAAGACCUUAUGAGCCGCCCUCAAGCUUUCCACGGACUUGUGAUCGCUCCAACGAGAGAGUUGGCGUAUCAAAUCGGAAAAUCCUUUGAUUCACUCGGCUCGACUAUCAAUGUUCGAACAACAGUCAUUGUCGGAGGCAUGGACAUGGUGCCCCAAUCUAUUGCCUUGGGCAAGAAGCCUCACAUUAUCGUUGCCACGCCUGGACGUCUGCUUGACCACCUCGAGAACACAAAGGGCUUCAGUUUGCGCUCAUUAAAAUACCUUGUGAUGGAUGAAGCCGAUCGAUUGCUGGACAUGGACUUUGGACCACUCCUCGACAAGAUUUUGAAAGUUCUGCCCCGGGAGCGGCGCACAUUCCUCUUUUCAGCAACUCUGAGCAACAAGGUCGAAUCUUUGCAGCGCGCCUCGCUUUCCAACCCGUUGCGAGUGUCCGUGUCUUCGAGCAAGUACCAGACAGUCUCCACCCUUCAACAAUACUUCCUCCUGCGCCCCCACAAGCAUAAGGAUAUCUAUCUCAUCUACCUUCUCAAUGAAUUCGUCGGUCAGUCCGCCAUUGUCUUCACGAGGACAGUGCACGAGACUCAGCGUGUUGCCUUCCUUCUUCGCGCCCUCGGAUUCGGUGCCAUUCCUCUCCACGGUCAAUUGUCACAGUCAGCUCGGUUGGGUGCCUUGGGCAAAUUCCGUUCACGCUCGCGAGAUAUUCUCGUGGCCACGGAUGUCGCCGCUCGUGGUCUCGAUAUUCCCUCUGUCGACGUGGUACUGAACUUUGAUCUUCCUACCGACAGCAAGACCUACAUUCAUCGUGUGGGUCGUACUGCCCGAGCUGGAAAGUCCGGAGUCGCAAUCAGUUUCUGUACCCAAUACGACGUGGAGAUUUGGCAGAGAAUCGAAGGUGCUCUUGGAAAACAGCUGCCGGAAUACGAAGUCGCCAAGGAUGAGGUGAUGGUCCUGGCCGAGCGGGUUGGCGAAGCUCAGCGACAAGCGAUCAUGGAAAUGAAGAACUUUGACGAAAAGAAAGGCACCCGAGGCAAGAAGUUUGGCAAGGGCAAGCGCUCUCGGGAUGACAUGGAUCAAGAGGAAGGUUAA